AGUUUUAAACUAUUUUCACAACUACAAUUAAAUACAUUUAUUUAGGUAGAGGGAUGAUCCGGUUAUCUUUGCGAAAAUUUCCAUUGAACAAGGAACUGGAAGAUGCCACAGGAAUACCUUGGGGUUGCUCGUUAGAACCACUUACACAAAUUCCACCAGAGUGUAUAGUUCCUGAAUCAUGCUCAAAACUGGCACGAUGCCACAACUGCUACAGUUACAUAAACUGUUUUACUGUAGUAAACAAGACCCACUGGCACUGUAUGAUGUGCCACUCUGAGAACGAGGUUAUACCGAGGUACGCUAAUGCUACCCCUCAACCUGAACUCAGUCAGACUUUAAUAGAACUCGAUAUCAGCCCAGAUGCUGAGGAUAACGCUCUCUGCCCGGAUCCUCCUAUGUUGCCUAUCUAUAUUGGUGUAGUUGAUGUAACCGGGUGCCCAGACUUCAUUAAAACUGUCCAGAAAUCCCUCUACUCCAUCAUUGACAACUUAGCUGACGAUUCUCUAUUCGGGCUUGUUGUGUACGAUGAAAGGAUAGGAGUUUACAAUCUGUACUGCGCGAAACCGCACGUGCGACACGUGCGCAUAGCCAACGGCUCCUGUCCCAUAAAUCUGCAGGAAAUGAUACAACAUGAUGACACUCUUGUUAGGGUGGGUGAUAUGAGGAAGAGUAUCUACGCAGCAAUAGAUAAUAUCUCCCAAAUAGCCCAGCAAGGAGGUAAUCGCUGUUUUGGGGCGGCCGUACAAAGUUUGGUAGAGUUCUUCUCCGUCUACCAGGGACACACUACUUUUAGAGCUCGACUGCUAACGUUCCUAAGUGGCCCCUGUACAUUUGGUGUCGAGGCUCUAACACAAAGACGAAGUAACACUUACAAACAGGGCAUAUUCAAGAGUAAAGAUGUUUACAAUGAGGGAGUACACAAGAAAGUUUUCCAAGCUCAAUCCAACUUCUAUAAAGAUCUGGGUAUGCUAGCCUCCUCCCGCGGAGUCAGUGUUGACGUGUACGUGGUAUCCAGUGAGUGGGUGGAUCUUGCCAGUAUCAGAUCUGUGUGUGAACUUACUGGUGGGCGUCUGGUCCACUACACCGACCCAGUGGAGUGCAGCCUCUCUAAAGACUGUGCAACUUUAGCCAAGCUUUACGGGGCAGGUCGGGGCAUGUUACGUAUCCGCACCUCCGCUCAGUUCCGUGUCUCUAAAGUGCGGGGACCCUGCGCGCCAGAUCCCUACAGAGACGACGUUCUGCAUGCAGCUGGGCUGGACUUACAUCAGGCGUUUGCUGCAGAGUUUGCGUUUUACCGCGGCUCAGUUAAUGCAUUCGAAGAGCAGAGACCAGCAAUUGUACAACUAACUUUCGCUUACACUAACGAACUGGGACAACGAAAACUCAGAAUACAGACGCUGAAGAUUUCAACGGUUGAGUACAUUGAGAACAUGUUUGAUAAUGCUGAUCCAGAAGUCAUCACAAAACUUUUCGUCUACAGGAGUCUGGACGCCUGCUACAGGUGGGGGGUAAAUGAAGGUCGGGUUAACGUGCUAGACACGUACGUGUACCUGCUAUCCCACUACAACGAGACGCUACCCUACGAUUCUCAGGAGUUUGAUGUCGAGUUCUCCGUUUAUCCUCACUUACAGAUCAUGGCAGCAUUGGUAUACGGAAUGUUCAUCUGCCCCUUCAUGUCAUGUAGACCCGAUAUUUCCCUGGAUCAAUUGGUAGCAUUCCAAUCAAAGUGCAUAUCAGCCAACCCGGAACACCUCGCCCUCCUGUUCUACCCUCAUCUCAUGAGUUUCGAGGAUCCACAUCAAUCACCCGGGCUCUCUCUACCUCUGAGCCCUAUUACAGUUAAGUCAGUGCAAAACUCCUUUAUCCUACUGGACGCUUACGACACAAUCAUUGUUCUCCAGCCACAGCUGGGUGAAGCAGUAGGAAAGGACGGAGUGGAGGCUACUGCUAUAGAGUUUAGUGAGAUUAGUCUGGAACCAAAGAACACACUUGCUGUAGACAGUAACAAAGUCAAACCAGCUGACUUAGGUACAAUAGAUAAGUAUGUGGACGAGGCUCAAAGGACUCGGCCCCUGAAUGUGAAUGUAGUAAACACCUCUAACCCCGCCCCCAUCUGCAAAUAUCUGAUAAACGACUCUGGGGCUGUCAAUAUCUGCAUGCCCGGUUCCAGCUACGAUCAUUACUACUGGAGGGGUUACAAAGCUUUCUAUAAAUUCAUCGUCACUCAGCUUCAUAGAUUGUACGACCCCGAAGGUGAAAGUGACUACGAAGAACCAACUGAUGAAAACUGUCCAGAUGUUCCUUCCAACUUCACCCAAGCUUAAAAUUGCCAUGACAUAAAGCUUAUUUAGUAGUUACCAUGACAACGAGCUUAGUUACAACAACAUUCGCAUAGUUACUAGAGAUUGCAACAAAUAAAGCAAUUUUGACAGUUUAUGAGCAUAUGGAAGAGCUUGUUUAAUAAGUACACAAUUUGACCGUAUUAAAGUUAAUUUUAGUUUGGCGAAACACUUCAACUGGUGAACUGAAGAAUUCACAUUGAUUUAUCAGGCAGCCCUAUUUCACUAUUUUUUUGCUACAAUUUUGCUCAUACUGGUAAGCAAAGAGUACUGCUUAUAAGAAGUUUCGGAGAUAUAUGGCCAGGGGUACAGUUUGUGUUUCUUUGAUAUGACCACUCUGAUAUCGCUGUUUAAUCCCACUAUUUUCAUGGUGUUUUCCGCAUUUUUCAAUCAGACGAGUAUUUGUUGGUAGGAAGUUUGAGCAUCAAAGAGUGUACACAUAUUAGCUCAUACAGCUACUCAAUGGAGUCAAUGCCACUAAAUUUAAUUUCAGCUUCAGAAGCGUGAGCUAUGAGCAAACUUAAUGGCCAGAUAUGCUGCGUAUUUAACCAAUAUUUCCAAUCGAUUUAUGGUGUUAGAAAUGAAGAGAACGAUUAAGAAACUUCGCUUAACUAUUCAAAAUCUUUAGCUAUUUAAAAUUCAAGAA